CCUAAUAUCCUUUCUAAUUUACUUUCCUUACCGUUUCAUAAAUCUUUAUCCUUUUACAUAAAAAGUUUUUUUUUAUAUUUUUUUGUCUUUGAGAAAAUAAAAAUUUUAUACAAUGAAUUUUUCUAUGCUUAUGCAUUUUUGCAGUUACUUUUUAUCCUUGCUUUAGACCGGUCCGGUCAACCGCAAAAACUCGCUGAAUGCAUUAAAUUAUAUUUAUGUAUAAAUCGCUUUAACACAAUUUUAAAAUAAAGUAUAAGAAUAUAUAAAUGAAAGAAAAACCAAAAGCAGGACACUUCAAUCCCACUCCAAGAAGAAAAUCAAUUUUUACCCCAGUUCUAACAAAAAUAAAACAUGGUAACAAUGGUCAUAAUUUUGAUGAUGAAGUAUAUAAUUCUUUUGAAAGAUCAGAAAAUAAAAUUAAAAGGCAUAGCAUCCACGGGAUGAUGGAUGAAGAGAAUAUUAUUCGGCCCCAUCAAGAAAUGGGUCAGUUAUCUUUGGAAGAAAAAAAAUAUCUUUUGGCAGUCGAGAGAGGUGAUGUGGCCGGUACUCGAAGGAUUAUACAAAAGGCGUUGGAAACUAACUAUAUUAAUUUAAAUUGUGUUGAUCCUCUAGGAAGGACUGCUUUAUUAAUGGCUAUCGAUAAUGAAAAUUUAGAAAUGGUUGAAUUACUUAUAAAUUAUAAACUUGAUACAAAAGAUGCCUUACUACAUGCCAUUUCUGAAGAAUUUGUCGAAGCUGUUGAAGUUCUUCUUGACCAUGAAUCUAACCUACAUAAAUAUGAUAUGAAUAGUUGUGAGUCGUUAAUGGAUGAUACAAGUUCAUUUACGCCUGAUAUCACGCCCCUCAUAUUAGCGGCUCAUAGAAACAAUUAUGAAAUAAUUAAAAUUCUAUUAGAUCGUGGUUCGACAAUUCCAAUGCCACACGAUAUAAGAUGUGGAUGUGAUGAGUGUGUAAUAUCACAUAUGGAAGAUUCAUUAAGACAUUCACGAUCAAGAAUAAAUGCUUACAGAGCUUUGGCAAGUCCCAGUUUAAUAGCACUAUCAUCAAAGGAUCCUAUACUUACAGCUUUCGAGCUUUCAUGGGAAUUGAGAAGGCUUAGUUUUUUGGAACAUGAAUUCAAAAGUGAAUAUCUAGAACUGAGAAAACAAUGUCAAGAUUUUGCAACUGCGUUACUUUAUCACACCAGAAGUUCAACUGAAUUGGAAAUUUUAUUAAAUCAAGAUGCCGCAGCCUCUUUAUAUAAUAGUGGAGAGAAACAUCAUUUGAGUAGAUUAAAACUAGCUAUCAAAUUGAGGCAAAAAAAGUUUGUUGCUCAUCCAAAUGUCCAACAGUUAUUAGCAAGCAUUUGGUACGAGGGUCUACCAGGUUUUCGAAGAAAAAAUAUGGUGCUGCAAUCAAUGGAAGUCAUCCGAAUAGGUGUUAUGUUUCCGAUGUUUUCCUUAUCAUAUAUAUUUGCUCCAUAUUCUACUAUCGGACAGACAAUGAAAAAACCCUUCAUCAAGUUUAUAUGCCAUAGUGCAUCAUACUUAACUUUUUUAUUUUUGCUGAUGUUAGCAUCACAAAGAAUUGAAGCUGUAAUAGGAGUAUGGUUUUACGAUCAAACAACAUUUGUGCAAGAUGAACUAAUAACUAAGAGAGGAGCAUAUCCAUCAAGCAUUGAAUUGCUCAUAUUAUGGUGGGUAAGUGGUUUAAUUUGGAGUGAGAUUAAACAGUUAUGGGAAGUAGGAUUACAAGAAUAUAUGAACGACAUGUGGAAUGUUAUUGAUUUUAUCACAAAUUCCUUAUAUGUUGCAACAGCAGCUUUAAGAGUUGUGUCAUUUAUUCAAGUAAAUGUCCGAACUGAAAUGCAUGCGAUAGAUUUACCAAGAGAAAAAUGGAAUGAUUGGGAUCCAAUGUUGAUUUCUGAAGGACUUUUUAGCGCUGCAAAUAUAUUUAGUUCGUUGAAAUUAGUUUAUAUAUUUUCUGUUAAUCCAUAUUUAGGGCCCCUUCAAGUAUCGCUCUCAAGAAUGGUCAUGGAUAUAAUUAAGUUCUUCUUUUUAUAUGUUUUAGUUUUAUUUGCUUUUAGUAAUGGUCUGAAUCAGCUACUAUGGUACUAUGCCGAUUUAGAAAAAAAGCGAUGCCCUGAAUUGACUGGAAAUGCCAACCUCACUAAUGGUACUGAUUUAAAUGCGUGCACAGUGUGGAGAAGAUUUUCAAAUUUGUUUGAAACGACACAGUCAUUAUUUUGGGCUGUUUUCGGUUUGAUUGAUUUGGAUAAUUUCGAGCUAGAUGGUAUAAAAACUUUUACACGAUUCUGGGGAAUGCUCAUGUUUGGAACUUAUUCUGUAAUUAAUAUUGUUGUCUUAUUGAAUUUAUUGAUAGCAAUGAUGAACCACUCGUACCAACUCAUAGCUGAAAGAGCAGAUACAGAAUGGAAAUUCGCUCGAUCAAAAUUGUGGAUAAGUUACUUUGAGGAAGGUGGAACAUGUCCACCUCCUUUUAAUAUCAUUCCGACUCCCAAAUCUUUAUGGUAUGCUUUCAAAUAUUUAAAAUCAACAUUUUGUGCUCAUUCUACAGCAGCACGUAAAGAGCACUUAAAAACUAUUAAAAAAAGAGAAAAACAAGCAAGUGAUCGAAAUUUGAAAUACCAACAAAUAAUUCGUAAUUUGGUACGACGCUACGUAACAGUUGAACAAAAGAAAACUGAGUCUCAAGGUGUAACCGAAGAUGACGUGAAUGAAAUCAAACAAGACAUAUCGGCAUUCAGGUUUGAAUUGGUUGAAAUUUUAAAGAAUAGUGGAAUGGACACGAAUGUGAGCGCUGGACAAUCAGGAGCAAGUGGUAAGAAAAACCGGCAUAAGGAGAGACGCCUAAUGAACGGAUUUAAUAUUGCGCGCUCUGGUUCAAAUAAUCAAUCAUCUUUUGAUUUUAUGGAUAAUCAACAAUUUUCCUUCUUCUCAAGUAUUGUUAACGAAGCUACUUCAAAAAAAAAAAUAGCUCAUUUUUCAGUACCAAUGAGCUGCUCACAAACAAACUGCGAUACUUUGCACACACAUGUACUUAAAAAAAUUGAGAAACAAGCUACAAGCCCAUAUGUUGGCGAGAGUUUUGCUGAUGAUAAAAGUGAAUCAGAAAACCGAACUUCACAAAUGUAUAAGAAAUUUUUGAGCCGGUCGAGAUCAGCAGAAUCACUUACAAAAUAUUUGCCGUCGAAAGCUUGUCCUUCUGCAACAAAUGUAAGAGAAAAAAUAUUUCAAAAAAGCAAGCCAGCAGACUCAACACCCUUGAAAGAUGGAAAAGCUAUAACAGCUUGGAAAAACAAACGUAAAAAAUUUUCGACUAGCAAAAACGUAAAUAACACUAUUAAAAUGGAUUCAGUAGCAACAGAAAGCCAAAAUUCAUUCAACAAAAAUCUUCUAACGCGAGUCUUAAGCUAUCCAGCAUGUGAAGAGGUAGAAUCAAGUAAUAUUUCGCCAACCUAUCAUCAAAAACUAGAAAACGUUGAUAGUUUAGAGGAAUCAUUUGAAUAUUCUGCCGAAAGUUUAUCAACGCAACAAAUAAAAGAAGUAUCAACAUCAUCAAUAAACUCACGCGAACCUUUACUAAGUGUUUCGUCAGUAACCAUGGACAUAUAAAUUUUUACAAUUCAAAGUUGUGUAUUUUUCUAUAAACGCAAUGGAGCAAGAAUAUUAAUUACCUGAGAAUAUAUUAUAGUUGCAAACAAAUAUAGUGAAAAACAUCAUGUUGUCGUUAUAACAUACUCAUAUGCACUAUAUUAGAGAUUUUUGAAAAGAAGCACAAGAGAAUGAAUUUAAUUAUUUUAAAUUAGUACAGAAAAAUAUAUGAUUUAUUAAAAUUUAAGCUCUAUACUUUUUUAAAUUAUGCGAUUAAUAAAACCUGAAGCCCGCUGUGUUGUUUUUAAAGCAAGUAAAUAAUAAAAUAUUCAUGUAAAAUCGCAACGAGUCAGUAUGUUUAAAUAAACAAAUACACAAUUUAUAGAUAAAAAUAAU